UAUCAAAGCUAAAAAAGCAAUACAAGGGUAAUUUUUUAAGAAAUAAUUAAAGAUAAUAAAACACAAAACAAAAAAGGAACAAAAGUAAAAAUGACUCAAGGUAAGAAUCCUGGUUUGAAGGCUGGUGGUGGUAAGAAGGGCGCCAAGAAGAGAACUAUCGACCCCCUUUCUAGAAAGGAAUGGUACGACUUCAGAGCCCCCAUCCCCUUCUCCUCCAAGUCCUUCGGUAAGACCCUCGUCACCAAGAGCUCCGGCAACAGAAUUGCUUCUGAAGAAAUUAAGGGUAGAGUCGUUGAAUCCACUCUCGCUGAUCUCAAGGAUAACUCUAAUGACAAGGCCUGGAGAAAGGUUAAGUUGGUUAUCGAUGAAGUCGAUGGUAGAAACGCUAAGACCUCUUUCUACGGUUUGGACAUCACCAGAGACAGAUUAUGCUCCAUGAUCAGAAAGUGGUAAACUCUCAUCGAAGCUAGAGUUGACUGCAAGACCAACGACGGUUACAUCAUCAGAGUUUUCACUCUUGCUUUCACCAAGAAGACCUCUGCUGGUAAGCAAUCUUCCACCUCUACUUGUUAUGCUAAGUCUUCUCAAGUCAGAGCCAUCAGAAGAAAGAUCAACACCUUCAUCACCAAUGAAGCCGCUAAGUUGGGUAUUGCUGAAUUCUCCAAGAACCUCAUCGGAGAAGACUACACCAAGAAGAUUGAAAAGGAAACCAAGAACAUCUUCCCUCUCUAAAACAUCACCAUUAGAAAGGUUAAGGUUCUCAAGAGACCCAAAUUAGAUGCUACUAAGAUCGCUGAAUUAUACUCCCACGAAAAGAAGGGUGAAAAGGCUACUGGUAGAGAUGGUGCCCCCGAAGAAUAAGCUGCCUAAAACUUGCUCGCCUAGUGA